AUGGGGACGGUGGCGCUGGAGGAGAGCAAAAUUGAUGACCCGACAGCGUUGCGGCGCAUCAUUUCGGCGGCGCAGCCCUGCCAAAGUCACGUGGGCCGCAUGAUGGAUGCGAGCCGAGCCCACGCCCACAUUUUCGCUGGCAUUGAAAAAAAGUCUCACUCCGUUGCGAAGAAGGAGCGGGACAGGCAGUUGCAGCUGCAGCGCGAGUAUCAAACUGCGUGGGAGGUCGCAGCCGUUCGCGGCCUGCAGCUGCCGACGCUGCGCACACUGGCGCCGUCCUUCACAAAGACGGCGGACGAGGGCUCCGCGGAUAUGGGCGGCACCGUCAUUGGCGGGGCGGGGUACAACACGAUCAUCGGCAUGGUCCCCACAGCGGACACCGUCCGGCGCAUCGCGGAUGAUGACGAGUUGAUCAGCAGCUUUCGUCCAUACCGCAUUGACGCGUUGCGGGCGGCACGACAGGCGGCGGCGACGGAAGACAGCGCCCCACACCCGGAUGAUGCGAGGCACUUGGAGCCCACACUUCGCACGCUCUCCACCAAACACCUCGUCGAUGCCGCCGCCAUCUCGGAUGAAAUUGCGCAGAAGUACUGGGCCACCGCCUCCGCCUUUUUGGAUGCAGGCGUCCCAGAGGAAGGCGACCUGGCAGCCUGCUCUCGUGCGGUGAGUUUGGCUGAGGCACAACAGCCUGCGUGCACGAACGCAUCGCGACGUGUUGCAAGCAAGGGCACCUCAAGUUUUCUCACGACGGAUCGCUUCAAAACAUCAUCCGGUAUUCCUGGAGUAAGACAACCGGAUAUUGGCCACUACCAUCUGCGGUACUCGCAGGUUGAGCCGCGCGUGGUGGGUGGCUACAUGUCUCCUAUUGAAUAUGCAGCACCACAAAAACGGCAGCAGGAGGAAGUUUCCAGUGGAACCCCCGAAGGCCUUGUGGAACCACAGAAAUCAUCAGUGUCGGUGACGCUUGUAAUGGCAGAGAGCACGAAAACAUUUGGGGUCAGCACCGUUGCGUACAAGGAACAACGUGCGACUCCCAUUGAUACUACUACUUUUUCACCCACUCGAUCGCCGGCUGAGGUGAAAGGCAGCCACAUGUUUAUUUCUAAAACAGCCCGAGCAAGUCCGGCUCUUUGCAGCCCUGCAAAGGAUUUGCAGUACUACCCGUAUGCAGAUGUACGCUCCACCGUGAAACGCUCCCGCUGCCCCGUGAAAUUUGAUGUCAAACUCACCGAGCGUCGUCAUGAAUGCAUGGCGACAUCCGCAACAGUGGGCAUGUAUAACGUGGCUACGGACAUCUCAAGCCAUCCACAUCGCUUGGUCUGCAUGGACCGUGACACUGGACGUGAGGGACAUUGGCUGAACAAGCCACCCGCGUACCAAUCGGUGCCUGAGUACAUUGAUGUCACGAACGCCCUGAAUAUGGUGCGACCACGCAGACGUGUGGUCACCAUGGCAGCGCAAGUUCCAGAGGACGGCCACGACGAACGUCCGAAGGCACCCGAUAAUACUGUUUCCAUUGAGAGAGACCUUAACUUCCCGAAGAGCAUCUUUGAUCAAUGUGAGGCGAGGAGGGUACGGCGGUUUUCGACAAUGGUUGGCCGGAGUACUUCGGCGCCACUGAAGUCUUGUGAGGCUCCGGAGAAUGUUGAGUUUACACAGGUCACCGCACGUACACCAUGCGCUAUUAUCCAUGCAAAAGCCCCCGGACAUGCACCACUGCACCGACCAAACCCGACAGAAAUUGGUGAAGUGCCAAACCUCAGGUGGGUUAAGCCAAGGACAGAGCGCACAGUGGAUUUUGGUGUGGUCUCCACCGUGUCACUGCCGCCGCUCAUAACAAAGGACCUAUGGUACGAUACAAGCAAUCGCAAGCUUGUAGAGUCUCGAGUGAAGGGAAAUCCCAUGAUUGAGACGCAAGUGUCACGUGAGAAGCGUGCCAAAAUAUUCUCCACGGCAGGCUGUGGCGCCCACACGGUGUACAACAUUGAUCUGCCGCGGAGAGGCAAGUCGGUGCCUGUGUUUGAAAAGCAAAUCACGAAAGAAACCCAAUUCUGUGGACACCGGCUGCAGUCGGAGCGAUGGCAGCGGAAGUACCCGCGAGCACCCGGCCCUGGUCACUACAAUGUCUCCUAUCGCCUUGUGGAGUAA